UUCUCCUUCCAGGAAAAUGGCUGGGGCGCAUCCCUUGCUGAGAGACUGGUCAGAAAAUGUGAUGUUGUGAACCGUGGGCUCUCAGGGUACAACACCCGGUGGGCUAAACUGAUCCUUCCAAGACUGAUCACCAAAAGUACUGGUGCUGAGCGUACUGUUGCAGUUACUAUUUUCUUUGGAGCUAAUGACAGUGCUUUGAAAGACCUGAACCCUAAGCAACACGUUCCUUUGGAGGAAUAUGCUGCAAACUUAAAGAGUAUGAUACAGUAUCUGAAGUCAGUAGACAUUACUGAAGACAGGAUCAUUUUGAUAACGCCACCACCACUUCAGGAAGCAGCCUGGGAGAAGGAGUGUCUUGCCAAAGGUAAGAGAAUGAUACGGAUGGGCAGAAUUUCUGCAUUUUACCAGCAGAGC